AGCAGCAGCAGCGGCAGCAGCAGCAGCAGCAGCAGCAGCAGCAGCAGCAACAGGGAGCGCUUGGCAGCUGAGGUGCAGCACCGUCUGUCAUUGAAGUCGCAGCUGCGCGCUGCUGCUGCACUUUUCGAUGAAAAUCCCCAAAAAGGAAUUCAACAAAUUCUCAGCAUACUCCGCAUGCAGGUAACGCCGGAAGCAGCUGCGCUGCUGCUGCUGCAGCAACGAGGCCUCCGCAAGGCUGCUAUUGGCGAGCUGCUGGGUGGAGAUUCGGAAUUCAGCAAAAACACAUUGAAGCACCUCCUCAGACAGCUCAACUUCGCUCCUGUGGAUUCGGCCCUUCGAAAUUUUUUGGGUUUUUUCCGACUGCCCGGCGAAGCACAGAAAAUCGACAGAAUAAUCGAAGCAUUUGCUCACCGCUUCUACUGCAGCAACAGCAGCAGCAGCAGCAGCAGCAGCAGCGGGAGCAGCAGCAGUAGUGGGAGCAGCAGCAGUGGGAGCAGCAGCAGCAGCGGUGGGAGCAGCAGCAGCAGCAGCAGCAAUAAGGGUAAUAGCAGCAGUAAUACGUACCCAAACGGUACGGAUUGCUGCAGACAGCAAGAAGAGCAGCAGCAUCAAGAGAAGCAGCAGAACGAGGUGCUGCAGCAGCAAGAGCUGCUGCAACAAUAUGCGAUCUGGCAGGAGCUGCUCGAGGCUUUUAAGGACAUCUUGUUGAAGGAUUCGCAGUGUAAAGCAGCAGCAGCAGCAGCAGCAGGAGUAGCAGCAGAGGCAGAAGCAGCAGCAGCAGCAGCAGCAGAGAGUGCAGUGAAAGGUUUAGGGGCUCUGCUGGAGCUGAGUUGCGUUGAGGGGCAUUUGGAAUGUAUGGACGCCUUAGCAGCAGCACUGCAGCAGCAUGCUGCUCUCCGCUUCGCGCAGCAGCAGCUGCUGCAGCAAACGAACAUUCAAGCGGCGCUGCUGCUGCUGCAUGCGGCGCUGCAGCGGGGAAAUGAAUUAACAACUGCUGCUUGGAGAGAAGUGCUGCUGCUAAUCUCGCAGAUGGAGGAUCUGCGUGCAGCACCGAAAGCUCUCCAGCAGCAAAACGAACGGCAAACAGCAGCAGCAUCAGCAGCAGCAGCAGCAGCAUCUGCUGCUGCUUCUGCUGCUCCUGCGUCUGCUGCUGCUCCUCCUCCUCCUCUUCCUGCUGUUUCGCCUCCUCGUGCUGCUGCCGCUGCUGCGGUUGCUGCUGCCAAGCCGUUCUACGGGAUCGAUCUCAAAGCGCAGCAGCAGCAGCAACAGCAGCAGCAGCAGCAGCAGGUGGCUGCAGCCUUGUGGAGUUGUGAGGUGAAUUUAAAAGAAGAAAGAAAGGAAGAAGUGUUGGCAGCAAAUGCUGCUGCUGUCAGCAGCUGCUUCGAGCUGUCUAUUGCUGCAGAUAUGGUGCUGGAGCAGAGUAUACACCUGAGUGCUGCUGCAUUUAGCUGCUUCGUGCAUGCAUUGCAGCAGGUCUCGUUGCUGGAGUUACAGCAGCAGCAGCCCCGGCUCUUCUCGCUGCAGCGGCUAGUAGAAAUCUGCUGCUGCAGCUGCAGCAAGACAUCAAGACCCCUUUGGAGAGACCUGCAGCAGCACCUUCUUGCUGCUGCGCUUCACUCUUCUCUCUCUGUUCGUUUCAGCGCUCUCGACGCCCUCAGGCAACUCACUACCCGCCUCCUCCUACAGCAGCAGCAGCAGCAGCAGCAGAAGCAUGGAGAGGAGGAGGAGGAUCAGCAGCAGCAACAGCAACAGCAACAGCAGCAGCAGCAGCAACAGCAGCAGCAGAAGCAUGGAGAAGAGGAGGGCGAUCAGCAGCAGCAGCAGCAGCAGCAACAGCAGCAGCAGCAGCAGCGGCAGCAGGAGGAGGAAGAUAUGUUUGGUGGAGUAGAGGAAGACAUGUUUGAUGCUUUUGCUGCUGUUGCAGUUAAUGCUGCUACCCCCUGCGCCUUAAAGAGCUUCAUCGUUGACAUCCUUUACCAUAUUAUCCGUGCUGCAGGGCCUCAGAUUAAAGCAGGUUGGGGGUCUGUUCUUCUUUGUCUGCAUGCAGAGGCUGCAGAGGCACUAGCGGAGGCAGCAGCAGCAGCAGCAGCAGCAAGUGCUGCAGCUGCAGCAGCAAGCGCGGCAGCAGCAGCUGCUGCAGCACCUGGUGCAACAGCAACAGCUGCAGCAGCAACAGCACGCGCAACAGCAGCAAGCGCAACAGCAGGUGCAGUAGCAGCACGCGGAACAGCUGGCGCAGGCGGCCCAGCAGCAGCAGCAGCAGCAGCAGCAGGGGAGCAGCUGCAGAAGCGUUUGCUGCCUGUGCUGCGGGUCUUAGGCGAAAUCAUUCAAAAGUUUAUGGGGGUGCUGCGGCCAGAUGCUGCAGCACAGAUUGUUGCUACUUUAGCUCUUAUUGCUGGAAGCCCUCUGCAGCCUCUUGCUGCUGUUAAUGCCGUGCAUGCACUCGAAGCAGCAGCAAAUGCUCUCCUCAAGCUCGAUGAUCAACAGUUGCAGCAGCAGCAAGUGCAGCAGCAGGAGGAGCAGCAGGAAGUGCAGCAGGACCAAGACGCAAGCAGCAGCGCCGCAGAUUCGCCAGCACGAAUCCCUUCAGAUGGAAGUAAGGGGCCUAGCGGGCAGGGGCUGUCUGCUGCAGCAGCAGCAGCAGCAGCAGCAAACCAGAGGACAGGAGACAGCGGUAUGAACUUCCCUGUCUUUGUCUCUAUUCUUUUGGGUCUGGGGCAGCUGGCAUGUCGCCCGGGAGGUGCAGCAGCAGCAGCUGCUGCUGCAACAACAGCAGCAACAACUGCAGCUAUUGCUGCUGCACCUUCAACACCAGCAGCAGCAGCAGCAGCAGGAAGUGCAGCCGCUGAGAGGCUCAGCUGCCCUGCGGCUUCUGGUAGUGCUGCGCUGUGGACCUCCGCUAAAGCGCAUCAAGUGCAAGGCGCAGCAACAGCAACAGCAGCAGCAGCAGCAACAGCAGCAGCAGCAGGUAGGGGGCCCCCUACUGAAGAGGAGCCCCUUGAGGAGAUUUUAAAAGGCAGCAAAAAUCAAUCAACUGGGCGUCGCGAAGCUGCACUGACAGCUCUCUUCCGUCUGCUGCUGCAGCACGGGGGGCGCCUUGCUGCGGGUUCGCCAACUGCAGCAGCAGCAGCAGCAGCAGCAAACCAGCAGCAGCAGCAGCAGCUAUGGCGCAUAGUGCUGAAGGGGGCGUUGUGUCCUGUCUUUGAGGAUCUCUUCUUCGAUCUCCACAGCUGCGCACCCCCGCAGCAGCAGCAGCAGCUGCAGCAGCAGCAUCAGCACCAGCAGCAACAGAAGCAGCAGCAGCAGCAGCAGGAGCAACGGCUUCAGAAUGUAACUGCCGCCUCACUGUUUGCAGCUCGUAACAACGCCGAGUCAGUGGGAGGCAGCAGCACCAACAGCAGCAGCAGCAGCAGCAACAGCAGCAGCAGCAGCAGGGAGGAGCCUAUGAGACUGAGCUCUCCAGAAGAGGCAAUGUGCUGGUUUGCGCUGAGGGCUUUAAUUCGUGUGGUGUAUGUACACCUGAAUGUGCUGCGACAUCUGCUGGGGCCGUUGGUUUCAUUGAUGCUGGGAGGACUGAGCGACCAACCCACGGAGCGCGGGGCCCGCCUGAGUAUUGCUGCCGUUCAGCUGCUGCUGCAGUCGUUAAAGCCUCUGCAGCAGCAGCAAACUGCUGCUGCAGAGUGGCUCGCCAUUGUCGGUGCUGUUGCUGUGAGGCGCCUCUCCUCCCUUGCAGUAGCAGCAGCAGCAGCAGCAGCAGCAGCACUACUUGUAGCAGCAGCAACAGCACUGGUUGCAUCAGCAGCAGCCGCAGUAGAUUACAGCAGAAGCAGCAGCAAGAGUUGUUGUAGCAGCAGCAGCAGCAGCAGUAUUUGUUGUAGUAGCAGCAUCAGCAGCAGCAGUAGUUCUAGCAGCAGCAGCAGCAGCAGUGUGGCUUCGGCUGCCUUCUCUCACUCAUUCCCUCGCCAGCUGCUGCAGCGAGCAGCAGCAACACCGCAGCAGCUGCUGCUGUCUUUCGGGUUAUACUUUAGCCAUAUGCCUCCGCUGCAGCGACCUCUUACCUUGCCUUUUGCUGCAGAUGCUGCAGCAGAAGCGAAGCAGCAGCAGCCGCAGCAACAGCAACAGCAACAACAGAAACCGCUGCAGCAACAGCAACAGCACCAACAGCAGCAAGUAGAAGACCUUGAAUGGCUGCUGCAUCAGGGCCUGAGCAGCAGCAGCAGCAGCAGCGAUGCUGCUGCUGCAGCGGAUGGUUCCCUCCCUAUUGAGGACCGCCGGCUGCUGCUGCGCUGUCUGCCUGAGUCAGUGUGCAGCAGCAGCAGCAACAGCAGGGGGUCUGCUGGAGCUCCCGCCAGGCUGCCCUUUAACCCCCGCGACGUGGCUGCGAAAAGUGUCGCUCAGCUGCUGCUGAUAGAUUUGCUGCGGGUGGCUUUGCGCGUUCGCCUUCAGAGGAGCGGAUUUAUGCCGGGGCUGAAGCAACUUCCAGGCCUGCUGAAGCAGCACCGCGAAGCUGCUGCUGCAGCAGCAGCUUUGCUGCUGUCUGCUCUUGAAUGGGGGCAAAGGCAGCCCCCGCAGCAGCAACAGCAGCAGCAGCAACAGCAGCAGCAGCAGCAGAGCACCGGGCAGCGCGAGACAUAUGGUAACGCUUCAGAGAUAGGCCCGGCCUCAGGGAAGCUUGCUGCAGCGGCACGGAAUUCAGCAGCAGCAGGAGAUGUAGCAGCAGCAGGAGAUGCAGCAGCAGCAGCGGGAGAAGCAGCAGAAGCAGCAGCAGCAGCACCAGACGUCUCGGCCUUUGUGCUUCCUCGCUAUUUGCGGUUUUGCUGGUGGCACGUCGUGCAAUUCCUGUGGAAAGAGCAGCAGGUGCAGCGGCUGGUGGAGCAGCAGCAGCAGCAGCAGCUGCUGCUGCUGCAGCAGCUGCAGCAGCAGCAAGCGUCUGCCGCGAAGGAGGGGUUUGUGCGCGACACGGGAAGAGCGCUUCAGCAGGCAGAGUUGGCUGAAGGCAGCCGAGAGUUGGCGAGUCUGUCGACUGUCCUCCGCUGUGCUGUCCUCCAGGGGCUGUGUGCGCUCCCAGAUAGCAUGGUUUCCUCCAACGCUUCGUUGGUUUUAGGUUUGGUGCUGCAGUUGGCCUGCGCGGUGUCUCCGGAGAUGCGUGCUGAGGCGCACAAAGCGAUGCAGAAUUUGCUGUCUCGCGUUCUUCCUGGGCAGUUCUUCGCGCUUCAGCUGCUGCCGCCUUUGGGGGGUGCAGCAGACGAAAUAAAAGCAGCAGAUCAGCAAACAAAGAGGGUACCUUCAGCAACAGCAGCAGAAGCAGCAGCAACGGCAGCAGCAGAUGCCGCAACUGGCGCUGCAGUGCAGCGUAUUUAG